UUAUUUCCCAGCAUUCUUUGCAAGAGGCUGAGCAGCUCUAUAUAAAGGCGCAAGAGGGAAAAGGAGGGGUGCGGUGCAGCAGGGAGACUCGCCGGGACAGACGGAGAGAGAGAGAGAGAGAGCGAGAGAGAGAGAGAGAGAGAGAGAGAGAGAGAGAGAGAGAGAGAGAGAGAGAGAGAGAGGUGGAACGCUGAGACGCCACACAUACAUACACACAUAACCAGGAGCGAGGAAAAUCCAAACAUAAGACAUCACAAUGGCAGAUAAAAUUAAGAAUGCGAAGAUCAUCUUUGUCGUGGGGGGCCCCGGCUCUGGAAAGGGCACUCAGUGUGAGAAGGUGGUGGAGAAAUACGGCUACACUCACCUGUCCUCAGGAGACCUGCUGCGUGCCGAGGUGGCGUCCGGCUCUGAGAGGGGCAAACAGCUCCAGGCCAUAAUGCAGAAAGGAGAGCUGGUGCCUCUGGACACAGUUCUGGACAUGAUCAAGGAUGCCAUGAUCGCCAAGGCUGACGUGUCCAAGGGCUUCCUGAUUGAUGGAUAUCCUCGUGAGGUCCAGCAGGGGGAGGAGUUUGAGAAGAAGAUCGGUGCUCCUUCUCUGCUGCUGUACAUCAACGCAAAGCCUGAGACGAUGGUGAAGAGGCUGAUGAAGCGUGGAGAGACCAGCGGCCGUGCCGACGACAACGAGGAAACCAUCAAGAAGCGUCUGGAUCUUUAUUACAAAGCUACCGAGCCGGUCAUCGCCUUCUACGAGAGCCGUGGCAUCGUCAGGAAGAUUGACUCGGAGCUCGCUGUGGACGAUGUGUUUAAACAAGUUUGCCAGGCGAUCGAUAACCUGAAGUAAAGAAAAGCUGAUCAGAUGAACUUUGCACAUUUGUCUGGGUCUUUAUUCUGUAGUUGUUGUUUUUUUUUUUUCUUUCUUUUUUUUUUUUCUCAAACACCUCGAGGCGAUGCUCAAAAAAACAAAGAGAAAUCCACAGUAAAGCCAGCGGGACGCUGCCUGCCCGGUUUCGCCUUAAUGAAUAGUUCAUGCCGUUGUCACUGGAGACCACAUCAGCACUUUCUCUCACUCUGAACAGCAUUUGUAUUCAGAACACUUUACGCCUGUUUAUUCCUCACGUACAGUUGUCAAGGGCUUCUGCUGUGUUGUGUCUUGUGUUGUGUAGUUUAGCUCUGACCUCUGACAGACCGCACCACAUGUCCACACCCAGAGAUAAACAGAGCUACACUUCCUGAUUUAUAAGUACAACAAACUAAUGUUAACAUUCACAUUGAUUAGUCCUUAAAAGAAAAAAUAUCUUCCAACCUGCUAAAAGAACAUUAAACAUCUAUUUUAAAACCGCUGAACAAUGUAGACACAACAAUAUAUUAAUAUUGUAUUAUUUUUAUAGCUACAAUGCUAUAUUUUAGCUAACUAGUAUAGAAGAUUAUAGGCUCCUAUUUAGCAUUGGGCUAACGGUGCAUGUGAAUAUUAUGGAUGCCUUUUUAAAAAAGGUAGAAAAGAAAAAAGUCAUAAAUAUCUCAAAAUUUUUAAUUAUCUCUAAAAAUUCAGAUUUAUUGCACUCAUUACACUUUUCCACAUUAUCUUAAAACUCAAGAAUACAACAUUUUAACAUCAGCUCAGACGACAUCCGUGGCUCCGUGAUAACAUUUGUUCCUAAAAAAAAUUAACAAAUAAAUGAAAAAACUGUAUUAAAAAUAAAAAAAUACUAAAUUCUGCUUCCUGUGUGGUUUUCAUAGCAUAAUCAUUGGAUGUGUCCCAGAAUCGCUCGGCUCCUGUUAGCUCGGUUAGCGAGUGAAGAGGAAAUAUUUCUGACACAUAGAUUCGUUUUUUUUUCUCUAAUUUACACAUUGUUGAUGUUACAGAAUUUAUUUCCAGAAUCAGAAUCAGAAUGUUUUUGUAUGUUUACCGUCAUAUCACUGUGCCAUUAAACUGGUUUUAAAUCA